UCUGCCUUGAGGACUUUGAGGGGGCUUGGAAUUAUGUGUUCAAUGUUAAGGUUGAAGUAGUUCUCAAACAAUGGAGGCAUGAGAUCAAACAUGAAACCUAUGACAGGUAUGAGGAGGACUGGCAGAGGUUUUUAAACCUCGACGCCCGAGUUGACGAGGUUCAUUUCACAGCUCUCCUCAUGUAUUGGGACAGCGAUGCCUCCAAGAAUAAAUCCACGAAGGGGUCAGAAAAUAGAAGAAAGAAGCUGCAUGACCACCACUUGGGCUCACACUCCUAUGCCAAUCUGGAGGAUGUUUAUUGUCAGGAUACGGGAAAAUCAUUAAUGCCAAUACACUUGAGGGCGAAAGCGGCGUAUGGCAUUUUCCGUGAUAGAUAUAGGGGUGAUGAGAAGAAUCGAGAUAAGAUCAAGGCAAAUCUCGAGUUGGUGGAGGGAUUUGAGGCUGCAUCAAAGGAGGCUGCAACUGUGUAUAUGUCGCAGCAGGAGGAACAAUCUGAGCCGGACCCUCACAUGCUUUCUGCAGAGGACAACAUUACUCUCACACAGCAUUUGAUGGGUCAUAAUAGGAGAGGGAGAUAUCCUCUGCAUGGUGUUGGAGCUUCACCCGGCGUAAGCAUGAGGUCAUCCACAGCAUCCUCCACACCAUUUACAUCCAUGAGAGCAGCCCCGCCUCGGUUCCAGGCUAUGCCAUUUGUCGCACGUAUCUCUGCAUAUUUGCUUGACAAGAUUGACUCGGAGCUACAUAUCCAGGUGACUAAUGAGAUGACAAAAGUUGCGCUGACGGCGAACUCGAUGGAUGAUCUCCUGGGGUAUGUCAUGCAAUAUUUAAGCGGUGCGAUUCCUCAUAGCGCGUAUGGUGGUGUUAUACGGAUUAUAAGCUCGCUUGGCGAUAAUUCCGGUGCUGGUCAGAGCAACACUCAGAGUGGAGAUAUUGGAGGGAGCAGCACACGUUCUCGUAACCGGGAUAGAGAUACUGCCGACGACGACGACUGAUGAGGUUUAUGAGGUUUUUUGUACAUUUUUAAUGCAAUGAACAGCUUUAUCUGUUAUAACAAUACUUAUAUGCUUGUUGGAUGUAUAUAUUAGACGGUCUUGGUUGAUGCAUAUUUUGAAGUAGAUAGUUGGAUUUGUUUAUUAUGCUGGAAUUGAUUAUAUUAUGGCUGGAUCUGUGCAUUAUGUUGGAUUUGUAUAUUUUUGGGUUUGAAUGGAAUUGUCUAAAAUCUUGAUUAUAUUUGGAUGGUUGGAUGUAUUCAUAUAUACAG